AUGGAGUUCGUACAGAAGAUAUCUCAGCAGCUGGUUGAUCCUGGAGAUCAAACAGGUAGCAGUAAAGAUUAUGUGGUAUUAGGGGAAAGCUAUCCGGCAAUCACAGGUCACCAAGAUAAAGAAGUUAGUUCAGGAUUUCUGAAUGGGUUUUUCUCCCGCCCUGAAAGCCAGAACCCUCAGUUUCUAUCGGAUGUUCACUCCAGGCUGCAUUUCACAUAUAGAACCAAAUUUGUUCCUAUUCCCAGGGUAUCAGAUGGACCUUCACCUCUCAGUUUCCAUUUCCUGAUUAGAGAGAACCCUUUAACGACUAUUGAGAAUGCGAUCUACAAUCCUGAUUGCUUCAACACCGAUAUUGGUUGGGGGUGUAUGAUACGAACGGGUCAAAGUCUUCUGGGGAACGCAUUACAAAUAGCCAAUCUCGGUAGAGAUUUUAGAGUAAAUCAAGGAAAGGAUCAAGAAGAGUACAAAAUAAUAGAUUGGUUCGCAGAUACGCCUCAGGCGCAUUUUUCGAUUCAUAAUUUCGUCUCACAAGGCCUUAAGUUGUCGAACAAGAAACCGGGGGAAUGGUUUGGACCCGCUGCAACUUCGAGAAGUAUACAGUGUCUGGUAGAACAGUUUCCUGAUUGCGGCAUAGACAAAUGCCUAAUUUCUGUGUCGUCUGGUGAUGUAUUCGAGGAUGAGGUAAGAGAGAUCUUUGCGCAAAAGCCGCAAAGUCGGAUCCUACUCUUGCUUGGCGUCAAAUUGGGUGUUAAUGCAGUUAAUGAAUACUACUGGGAUGAUGUUAAGAAAACUCUGGGAUCGAAGUUCUCCGUUGGGAUAGCCGGGGGCAGGCCCUCGUCGUCAUUGUAUUUUAUGGGAUUUCAAGGUAAUGAACUGAUUUAUUUCGAUCCACAUACACCUCAACCAUCACUUCAAACAUCUGCAAAUUUUUACGAUACGUGCCAUGCACUCAAUUUUGGUAAAUUGCUCUUAUCUGAUCUAGAUCCAUCGAUGCUAAUUGGAAUACUAAUCUCGGGCGAAGAAGCAUGGUUGCAAUGGAAGGAAGAGGUCAAAGACUCCAAGAUAUUCAACGUCUCACAGAAAAGUCUCUGUGAACUAGAUAUUGAGUGUGAUGAAGAUAUCGAGAGUGUAGAUUCUCCACCACCAAAUGACAGGUGCAGUCCGAUGGAUGGAGAUUACGUUGAUAUUAAAGCCGUAGUGCAACACACUGGGGCCUAUACGGGCGAACGAGAUGAAGAUUACCAGGAUGUGCACUGCAAGAAGCAGCAGAUUAUGGUAAUGGGAGAUAGAAGUUUUUCCUACAAUUCAUGCGAUUUCGAAGUCGAGAAAAUUCUUGUUGAGCAAGAAACUGUCGGUGUAGCUAACCCCAAUGAAAGCUUGUGA